AUGCUGUGCCCUCCCGAUGGCAGCACCUUUAUCUCGCCUGGCCUAGACCCAAACCAAUCGAUCAAGCGCUUUCUUAACCCGGAAUGGGACUCGGCAAUCCCAUUGAGGGCCGCCAAGUUCUUGUUAGAUCCAGUUACCUACGAUGGAAUACCAUUUCGUAGCCUGUUCGACCUUGUAGGACUAUUCAUCUCCUCAAUUGGAUAUGCUCCACACCACGCAAAUGCGCGCAGCUUCUACCUACCAUUGACUGCCAUGUAUGGUAAAUGGUGCACUACGUUGGGAGACACCGCUCCCACGGUAUUCAACUGCACGUGGAUAACGGCAGGAAACGACCAGGAUCGAUUCUUUCUCGGUGCCUCACUGGAGGGAUACAAGGAUAUCCAUCGAGCUGGGGAAUGGACAGAGGCCAUUAUGGAAGCGAGGUUUUCCCUCAUAAACGACACGGCUGUGAGAACAAGCGGAUACAAGAUGUACGAUUGCCCAUUGGCCCUCACAACCGGUAAAGUAUAUCCAUUGAUUCACAUAUCGAAGCAAAAUAUCAACCCAGUUACCCACGGGAUCACCCUGCACAAACGAGGCCUAUUUCCCGCAAAAUACGAGGAUCACCUUUCUGGUAAGAUUUGGAGUUCUGUGAAAGAGUUGUGUGCGAACUGUCGGGAGCUGAUUCGGAUGUGGGGCGGAUUUCCCGCCAACUUUAACCCCAUGGCCGAUGCUGAGGGUGCACCACCAUGA